AUGUCCACGCUUUCACUGUUCUUGGACGUGCCUCAAGCCCAGAAGCUAGAAGGCAGCUUGUUAAAGACCUACAAACAAGACGAUAGCCCUAACAAGAUGUUCCUGGCCUAUAGAGUCUGCAUGACCAGCGGGGGCCAGCCCUGGGUGUCUUCCGUGGUGCGCAAGACCCGACUGCAGAUUGCACAGGAUCCCUCCCUGAACUACGAGUACACGCCGGUGACGGGCAUGAGAUCGUUCAUCCAGGCCUGCGUGGAGCUCCUCUUUGGGAAGCACAGCCGAGCCAUUGCGGAGAACAGGGUAGGGGGUGUACACACUGUUGGCGACAGUGGUGCUUUCCACCUUGGGGCCCAGUUCCUCAAAACUUGGCGUCAGAAUUCUCAAAUAGUUUACAUCGUUUCUUCUAAAAAAGAACACCAUGGACUCAUCUUCCAGGACAUGGGCUUCACUGUUCAUGAGCACUGCUUCUGGGACUCCAAGCAGCUGUGCAUGGACCCCAACGUGCUCCUCAAUGUGGUGAAGCAGGCCCCCCGUGGCUGUGUCUUUGUGAUCGGGAACAUUGGCAACUGCAAGUUGACAAAAUGUCAGUGGCCAAAGUUGAUAGCCAUCAUGAAGAAGAAGCAGAUAUUCCCAUUUUUUGAUAUUUCCUAUCAAGGUUUAUCCACUGGUGACCCAGAAGAAGAUACUAGAUUCUUAGAAUACUUUGUUUCUGGAGGCUUUGAGUUCUUCUGCAGCCAGUCUCUGUCCAGGAAUUUUGGCAUUUAUGAUGAAGGAGUGGGGGUCCUUGUCGUGGUGGCACUCAACAACCAGAUCCUGCUGUGCGUCCUCUCCCAGCUGAUGAACUGUGCCCUGGCCCUGUGGCUAAACCCUCCUACCUCCGGUGCUCGCAUUGUCACAUCCAUCCUCUGCAACCCUGCUCUGCAGGAAGCCUGGAAACAGAGUCUGAAAGAGAUUGUAGAGAACAUCAUGCUGACCAAGGAAAAGGUUAAGGAGAAGCUCCGGCUCCUGGGAACGCCCGGCUCCUGGGAUCACAUCACCAACCAGAGUGGGUCCCAUAGCUAUCUUGGACUUGACUACUCACAGGUAGAAUACCUGGUUAAGAAGAAACAUAUCUACAUCCCCAAGAAUAGUCGGAUUAACUUCACCUGCAUCAAUGCCUGCAACAUAGAUUACAUCACUGAAAGCAUCAACGAGGCUGUCCUCUUCACAAAGGCCUCAGAGAACUGUCUUCAAAAAUUCCUCGAAUAG